AUGCUGCGGUUCCUGCGCAGGACCUUUGGCCGGCGGUCGAUGCAGCGCUACGGGCGAGGAGGCGCGCGCGGUGCCGGCCGCGGGGGGCUCGGCGGCGACGGCGACGAGCGGGACGGGGGGCUGCGCGGCGCCGCCGGAGGCUUCCCCUCGUCGCCGCACCCCGGCGGGGUCGCGCACGGCGCCGGAGCCCCCGUGCACAUCCCCGCCGCCGGCGACAGCAAGCCCGCGCUGCACUGCCGCGUCCUGCUCCUGGACGGCGCCGAAGUGAGCGUGGAGCUGCCCAAAAAUGCAAAGGGGCAGGAGUUAUUUGACCAGAUUGUGUAUCAUUUGGACCUUGUGGAAACUGAUUACUUUGGACUACAAUUCAUGGAUGCUUCCCAAGUUACACACUGGUUGGAUCAUUCUAAACUCAUUAAGAAGCAAAUAAAAAUUGGACCUCCGUACACGUUGCACUUUCGAAUUAAGUACUAUUCGUCCGAACCGAAUAACCUUCAUGAGGAGUUUACAAGGUACCUGUUUGUGUUGCAGCUCCGGCAAGACAUUCUUUCAGGGAAACUGAAAUGCCCAUAUGAAACUGCCGUUGAACUAGCAGCUCUGUGUCUUCAAGCUGAGCUGGGAGAGUGUGAACAUCCUGAGCACACGCCAGAGCUGGUGUCUGAAUUCAGGUUUGCCCCAAACCAGACGGAAGCAAUGGAAUUUGACAUUUUUCAGAAGUGGAAAGAGUGCAGGGGGAAGAGCCCAGCGCAAGCUGAACUGUGCUACUUGAACAAAGCUAAAUGGCUAGAAAUGUAUGGUGUAGAUAUGCAUGUAGUUAAGGGAAGAGAUGGUUGUGAAUAUGCUCUUGGACUGACACCAACAGGCAUAUUGAUCUUUGAAGGAGCAAACAAAAUAGGCUUAUUCUUUUGGCCUAAAAUCACAAAAAUGGACUUUAAAAAGAGCAAACUAACGCUUGUUGUUGUAGAAGAUGACGAACAGGGCAGAGAGCAAGAGCACACGUUUGUUUUCCGGCUAGACAGUGCCAAGACCUGCAAGCACUUGUGGAAGUGUGCAGUGGAGCACCAUGCCUUCUUCAGGCUGCGAGCGCCGGCAAACAGUAAAUCGAGUAGAUCCGACUUCAUAAGGCUAGGAUCCCGCUUCCGAUUCAGUGGGCGGACGGAGUAUCAAGCGACACAUGGGACAAGAUUACGGCGAACUAGCACGUUUGAAAGAAGGCCCAGCAAGCGAUAUCCUUCCCGAAGGCAUUCAACUUAUAAAACAAACAAUCCUGUGAAAGCAGCACAGCUGUGUGCUAAAAAUACUCCAGAAGUCCAUAACUACCAGCCACAGUAUCAUCCCAAUAUUCAUCCUGCUCAGCCACACUGGCAUCCUCAUACACCUGUAAAUGUAAGCUAUCCCUUGAACAACAGUGACCUGCACCCAUUCAACAUUGAGGAGAACGGUGGAGCGCCUUAUACCACGAAAAUGCCUGCAAGGCACCAUCACCACCACCGUCACCACCACCACCACCCCAGCUACGGCGCCCUCGCUCCUGACAGCAAAGACCUGGUUUCUGCAGUCCCAAAUCCAAACAAACUGAGCUCAGGACUUCCCCUUCUAUAUGAUGAAACUUCUCAUCUGAAGAAAAUAGAAACGGAGAGUGUGAAGGUAGUUGGACCAUGGCCAGCCCUGCACAUCAGCAUGAACAAGGGUGAAGAGAAGAAAGUGUCUGAAAAGACUCUUCAUGCCCCCGUGUCACCUUCCUCUGUACCUGAUCAUAUGAAAUGUAACAUCCUUAAAGCUCAAGUAGAAGCUGCUUUUAGAGUGGGUACCCAGGCUGUGAAAGAAGAGACCUCUUUUGUAAAUCCCAGUAAGACCUCCAGCCUGCAGGACCCUAAUGUAAGAAGUCCAGCUCCAGUGCGACCCGAACCUGCAUCGUCAACUGGCCCUCCGGAAAAGCAGGAAAUCAAAGUUUCCCGCGUGAGGAAGUUAACGCGACAGUACAGCUUUGAUGAAGACGACCUUCCUCCCGCCCUGGCAGCAGCGGCAGCAUCUACAUCUGUGUCUUCAACAUCUCCCAGCUCCCAGAAAACGUGCACGCCGCAGACGUCGGAAGGGCAAGCACAGGUUUCGCCUGGUGCCAAGAGUUCCACAGARGCUGGAAGUACAUUUGCUUUGGAGCCAGGUGACCUACUGAUGGAUUUCACAGAGGCCACUCCUAUGAUAAAGACAUUCCCCGCUGAUACAUCUAAUCCUUUUUUCGAUCCUUUUACAACAGUACCACAGUUUUCUGCAGAGUUUACAGAGAGCAAGCUACCGUGCUGUGCCGUGCAGUCCUCGCCCAAGCUGCCGCCCAUGGCGCCGUCGCCCGUCCUGCGGCCGCUGGCAGAGGCCGUGCCRGCCCCAACGGUGCAGACAAUAUAUCCAUCGCACAAGCCCAUCUCCCUGGCAGACAGCGCCGAGACCCUGCGGCGUGAGCUGGAGCGAGAGAAGAUGAUGAAAAGACUGCUGAUGACCGAGCUGUGAAAUCCAUCCUCGCUGCCGCCAGACGGAGAAGGGGCCGGGGCCUUUCACGUGCCUUCUGUCUGUUUACAUUCCUCUGCGUCCGUGUGCUCAGCGUGGUGCGUGGGGAAGCCCUGCCGUGGGCCUGGCUCGCCCGGAUUCACCACCCGGCUUGAAGGGAAGGCUCGGCGAGACUCCCCCUCCAAGGAGCUCCUUUGCUUAUUUGCUGCUGGGAAAGAAACCCUCACUCCGUUAUCUCUCCUGAGGUUUUAUACUAUUAAUACCGUUCAUUUUCGGGUUGGUUUUGGUAAAUCUAGGGCAAAAAGGAUCAGCAAGGAGCGUACUGAUUUCUAUUGGGAAACACUGUUCUGUACAUAUGUUAAUAACUGCACAGAGAUUAAUGUUAUGCAGAAUAUUUUGAUAGUAACAUAGAAAAUAUGUCAUUUUGUACAACGGAAAAUUGCAACGAGCUACUGCUAUUUGUUAAAGAAUCAUUUUUAAAGUGGAAGAAUGAUUAUUAAAUCCUAACCCCAGGACUGUUAGUCUCCACAGAAAAGUAAACAGCUGUCUUAUCAAAUUCCUAACCUUAACCUUUACUCAGAGAUAUAAAUAGCUGCAAGGGGAAGAAACCCCUCCCUACAGAUAUCCACCCCCAACGCUCCCUAUAGUUUGUCAUCGUGACCUAAAUCUGAAACUAAAUCGUACUUGGUUUUCCAUUAAUGAAAAGAUCAGUUAUUUAAAGUAAUUUGCUACUGACUUUCUAGCUUGAUAUUGACUUUUUUAAUUAAGUGGGAAGUUUCUCCUUCUCCGCCUUGCCGACAUCCCGGCGCUUGCCCGUGCGCCCGCAGCGGCUGCCGGCGCCGUGGAGUUUGCAGGCCCUGCUCUGCGGGGCCGCAGCUUUUGCAGAGGGCACGUUUUUCUUUCCUGGAUUGGUAAAACACCUUCCUGGAGGACAGGAAUUGACGGAUGUGUUUAAAUAGGAAUAGCCACCGAUGGCCGAGCUGUGUCUAUACCCUUUUUAUUUUGCACGCCCAGUCAGUGCGUCUCUAUGGGCACGCUUUGAGGACUGGCUAUGUGUGAAAUCCUCUGCUUUUGGGGGGACUUUCUCAGGCACAAGGUUACGUGGGUGUCUAAGUGUUGGCAGAGUUGCAGCUUCAGGGAAUGUACUGAUCCAUAAAGGUAACAUUACGAGGUUCCUACGAGAAAAAGCGGCUCUGUUUUCCCCUGUUUGGUAUUGUGGAAUUACCCGAAAAGCCACCAACAACCGACUGUCAGCUACAGAAUACUGUUCCUACGGGAAAGCUUUUGUGUGUUUUAUAUGGCUGAUGAUGUAUAUUUUUCUGUUACUCUGAAUACUCUGUUCUCUUGUUUGUAUUAAGAGAAAAGCUUGCCCUUAAUUUGAUACUGAUUACGAGGGCUUUAUCUCAGCUUAACCAGUUUCUUAGCGCAAAGAGACUGUUGUAAGCCUGAGUUUCCUUCAGUUAGCCUGGGCUCUUUUUCCGAGAGGAGAAAUUUUGAGAGCAUUAGAGGGUYUUGGUUGUAACGUGGCAGUAGAAAAUGAUUCGUCUGUUUUGUAUUUAGUGGGACGAGAGAUUUGCCUCAUGCUCCCCAAAGAAAUCCAGCGGUCCCAAACCUUCACACUUGUAGAAUGGGACAAAAUAAACAGCACAAGUGUUAGGUAGAAAUCAGCAAAACAAAAUGCAAUGGAGUAGUAUGAGGAAUAGGCACAAGCAGUCAUAGAAAUAUACCCAGAUUGCAGGUUUUAAAGCACUCAAAUGACUUUGCUGAGUUAUCAAAUACAGCUUGUACACUGUCCACCUUCUGGUUACUGUGCCAAGACAUUUUUCUGGCGUAUGUUUUUACAUACCUCUCCAUCAGUCUAAGGCUAUUAAAAAGGGAUUAGGAACAGUAAGUCCCUGUGAAGAAAUCAGAAAGGGGAGCAGCACAACAGCAGGUAUACAAGAUUGCACCUUCCUUUUCUUGUUAUCCUUUUUUCACCACUUUCCAGAAGGAUAUUGAUGGAAGGAGGCAGUAUAUUUUUCUGUUCGAGGUGGGUUUUUUGAGAUUGGAGCAAAGGAAGUUGGAGUGCGGCACAGCCCUGACCUCAGCUGCAUCUGGUCUCUUUGCCUGCUGUUAGGCAGCCCCUCGUUGCAUGUGAAGUGUCCUGAUAUUGCACAAAGUCAGCAAGGAAAACAGAUCUGAGCGCAGCAUUUAGUUGGAUUAAUUGCCCUGAACUCCUUCCUGGAGCAGGAAUGGACACUGGAAACCCUGGAAUAUGCUGUGAAGUUUGGGGAUGAACCCAGUGACCUGCAUGAGGGCAAUGUAGUCCCGUAAGCAAAUGCCCUCAGCAGACCUGAAUGUGUGGCCCAGACCAGCCCAUCAGAUUUUCUGGCCCGUAAAGAAGCUGCUAGCUCACUAUUUUAARUGCAGCAUUUUACUGCUAUUGUAUAAAGAUUCUUGAGCUGAAAUAUUUGGAAUAGGAGAAGAGGAAACAUGAACCAAGGUAACUUGACAGUAACAGGGUCUAAGUGACUGAGUUGGGCUUUGGAGUAGCUGAGAAAGAGCAGAGCCUCCUCUGGCCUUGAUUUGCAGCAGUUAAAGAGGACAAGAUCCACACGGGCGUGGGUUCCUGCAGGGCUUUUUCCACAGGACGUCCCCACGUGCGUUGGUUGCCUCAUCUUGUUCCAGUGCCCUGUCCACCGGCUGCCAUCGUUCCCUAUUCUGCAGCCCAGUGGAGCUUUGUUAAAAAGUUUUGCUGAUAUUGAACUAAACUUUUACCUACAGAAUGUCACCCUGUUGUUCUUUCUUACUACGUACUUUCUUCCGCCACGCUUAAGCGUCUCGGUUUUCACAUUUUUUGAAUAUACACUCUGCCUCACUUCUGGUUGGGAAUUACAGUGUUAGGACACCUGUUACCCCAAACCACUGUAAACAAGACAGUGUCAACACGGAUGUAUGCUGAGGGGCUUAUAUUCUAGAUUUGCCCCUGGACUUUUAACUUUGCAGGUGUUUAAGGAUACUCUGCCUGAGGGCCUGUCUCUGUAACAGCGCAGAAGUAUCCGAGCUAGCUUUAAUGAGCUUGCAUAUGUAGUUGUGGCAGCAUGAAGCCCAGCACAGGCUAUCAUUAUCAUGUACAUUGACACG